AUGACAACACCAUUUAUAUCCAAAAGAGAAAAAAAUCAAGCUGACAACAAAGAACAAGCUCAAAAAUAAAAAGAAGCCCACGAUAAAUUUAACUAGGCAAAAAAAUUAAUGAAAUCUGAAAUAAAAGUACAAAAAGAUAUCGAAAAAGCAAUCCAAUUUUUUUCUGAAGCAAUAAGUCUAUUACAAGUAGCGUCUUAAGAAAAAGUCUAAACAUAUGCUAAAUAUUACUCUGCGAGAGGUAAUGCAUAUAUGGAGCAUGGUCAAUAUUAAAGAGCAUUAUAUGAUUUUUCAGCUGCAGUAAGAUUUGAUGAAGGACGUGCAGAUUAUUAUAGUUGCAGAGGAAAUUGUCUUUUAUAAUUAAAUUAAAUAAAAGAAUCAUUAAAAGAAUUCAAUAAAGCUAUUGAAUUGGAUUGCACAGAUGGUUUUUCAUAUUUAAAUAGGGCGUUAGUAUUCGCAAAAUUAGAAGAAUAUAAUAACGCUAUAGACGAUUAUUCAAGUGCUUUGGGACUAUUGAAAGAUAAUAAAUAAGCAAAUGCAAAGUUCAAAGCUUAUUUUCAUAGAGGAAAUUGCUAUAGAUAAAUAAAAGAAUAUGAUAAAUCUAUAGAAGAUUUAUAGAAAGCAUGCGAAAUAAAAAAAGACAAUGCACCAGCGCAAAAUAAUUUGGGAUUGUCAUUUUUUGAAAAUUAAUUGUAUGAACAGGCUUUAGCAAAAUUUUAAAAUGCAAUAAAUUUAGAUGAUUCUAAAGCAACUUAUUACAAUAAUAAGGCUUUAGCACUAUAUCAUAUAGGAAAAUUAAAAGAAUCUUUAAUUGAAUAUAAUAAAGCUAUAGAUGUUGAUCCUUUAGAUGCACGUACAUUAUAUAAUAGAGGAAAUACUUAUUUAGCUUUAGGAUAAAAUUAAGAUGCACAUAAUGAUUUUGAUUAAGCUAUUUAGUUAAAUCCUGGAAAUCCUAAAUUUUAUCAUUCGAAAGGGUUAGCUUUUUAAGAUGUUGAGGAUUAUGAAAAUGCAAUUAUUUUUUCAAACAAGCAUUAGGCAAUAGGAAAUGAUAGAUUAGUUUUUGAAAGUCGAGGCUUAGUUUAUUAAGAAAUGAAAAAUCAUGAUUAUGCUAUAUAUGACUUUGAUGCUGCUAUUUAACUUGAACCGGGAUAUGCCGAAGUUUAUUAUUAUAAAGGCUUGAGUAGAAUUGAGUAGAGGAAUUUAUAAGAUGCUAUUGAGAAUUUUAAUAUGGCAAUAAAAUUAGGUUCUAAUAAUCCUGGAAUAUAUAGCGGGAUAGGAUAAUCUUAUAGACUUUUAAGAAAUUACGAAAAAGCACUUUAUUAUUUAAAUUAGGCUUUGGAAAAAAGCCCUGGAAAUGAAGAAUGUCUAGUAUAAAGAUCAAAUAUUUACGUAGAUAUUUAAAAAUAUUAAAAUGCAAUAGACGAUCUUUCCGAGGCUUUAUCUAAAAGACCGAAUGAUCCUUAAAUUUUAUAUAAAAGAGGUUUGGCUUACUAUAAAUACUUAUAAUUCGAAAAAGCUAUCAAAGACUUAUUAAAUGCUAUGGAAGGCGGGCCCUUUUAAAGCUAUGAAAGUGAUAUUCAUUAUCAUUUAGGGAUUUCGUUUGCUAAUUUAGAGUUGUUUGAAAAGGCUAUUUAACCUUUAAGUAAGGCUAUUUAAUUAUGUAAAUAUGAAGCAUAGUAUAUACAUGAAAGGGCUAAAUGUUAUUUAUUAGUGGGGGAGUUUGAAAAGUCGGUGGAAGAUUUUACAAGAGUAAUUUAAUUAUAACCGAAAAAUUCACAUGCGCUUUUUGGAAGAGGGUUUGCCUUUAAAGCUUUGAAGGAAUAUGAAAAAGCUGCUGAAGAUUUUGAGUAGGCAAAGAUGCUUGAUCCAGGAAAUCCGAAGUUAGUUCUUACUAUUAUUAACGAAGGUAAUGAGUAUUGCUAAAAUAUUCCUAAAAAAUUAUUAAAAAUUUUGUUGAUAUUCUUUGCUAUUGUCAAGACUUUUGUUGCUUCUCUUUUGCUUUCAUUAUCCCUUUUUUGGAUAUUUGGUAUUCUUUUGGCAUUCUGUGCUUGGAAAAAAGUUAAAAAUAAUGUGGAUGUUUUUGGGUAUUAUGAAGGAGAGGAAGUUUAACCUCUUAUUGUAAAUGUUGGUGAUUUUUGUAAAUUGAGGAAAAAAUUUACUGAAGAUUAACUAGUUAUGUUUAAUUCAUGCUCAGGUGAUAAUAAUCCUGUUUUUGUUAGUGAAUUGCCUGGAAAAAAAGCUUUUAUAAGAUAAACAGCAGUACAUAAUAUGUUAAGUAAUUCAAUAUUUUCGAUAUUAAUAGGAAAAACAUUUAGAGAUUCAGUCUAUAUAAAUUAAAAUAUAAGGUAUAGGGCACCAAUAUUUAUUGAAGAAGAAGUAUAAAUAUUAUAAUAGUAAUAAAAAAAUAUAUAAAAUGUAAAGAUUGAAGGAUAUAUAGAAGUAUUAGAUGUAUAAGAAUAGGAAAAUAGAAAAAUUAUUGCUUUAAGAACAAUUAUAUAUAAAUUAGAAUAUAAUAACUAGGUUGCAACAGAUGGAGAAGUAAAGCUUAUUUAUUAUGCCCCUGAAAAUAUUAAAUUAGAACAAUUUAUAGAAUAAUGAAAAAAGAUAUA